AUGCGGCGCCACGGUAAGGGGAGAGAUGUCGGUCUGUCCAAUGAGGCUCGGGUUGGUCAUGCGGGACGAUCCUUUGUCCAGUAUAUACGUGACCCUGCUGUCCUGGAACCCUUUCAGCUGGCCUUCCUGACGCCACAUGCUUUCUGCUGGAAUGAUUUUGAGAAGCAUCGCAUUCUCUUCCUGGAGUUGGCGGUUCAAGAGUCAGGAAGUAGCGGUGUGCUUUGA